UCUAUGGCCCUUGUUUACAUUCGAGCACCCAGGGCGCUAGCGCCACUGGGUAUAAAAGGAGAGUCGUUUCCUCCCUCAGCAGCUCUAUUUCCUCUGUGUUUGUUUCAUCAUCAUUCAAACUGAUUCCAGUGAGAUAUUAAGGUACCAUCAACAAGCACACAUUAUGACCCCAGCAGCAUUGACGGAGCACCAGGCGGUGCUCACCCAGACACAGCCAGCGGAGCUGUUAUCACACACGCACGCCGGUGCGUGUGCGCACCACGAGAUCAAGCUCGCCAACGAGCUGCCCGUCGAGGGCUUCAGACUCGCCACGUACACCAGCGACUCGGACGUGGAUGCCUUGCCGAUGAACUGGGGAGCAGCAGACCCGAUGGCCAGAGGCCCCGUGGUGUGCUCCUGGUACAAGGACGGGAUGGCCAAGCACAACGCCAUCGGUGCGCACGCUGGUCCUUACUCCGUGUACCACGCGUUGGCCGUUGGCUCCAAGCAGCUGGACCCGAGCUACGUUGCGGACUACACGAACGCUGAGCCUGCCUUCAAGGUGAAGGAGCAGAAGCAGUGGGGCGACAGCGACAAGAUCGUCUCCAUGGACCCCUUUGGCCACUUGGUUCCGUGGUUGUUUGCCGACGUUGGUGCUAAGAACAACGUUGACAUCAGACCAACGAUCUCCAUCACCAAGGCCCACAUGCAGAUGGCUGAGAUGAAGGAGGCCGUUGAAAAGGGAAGACUGAGGGUUGAUGGUGACGUUGUCAUCAACUCCAACGGUGACUUGAACGUCCAGAAGAUUGCCGUCGAGCCUGUCUGGUACUUGCCAGGUGUUGCUGAGAGAUUCGGCAUCACAGAGGCUGAGUUGCGUGAGGCCUUGUUCAAAGACACCAACGGUAUGUACCCAGAGUUGGUGACGAGACCAGACAUCAAGGUGUUCUUGCCUCCUAUCGGUGGCUUGACCGUCUACAUCUUUGGCGACGUUGCAGACCUCUCCAACCCAGAGAAGAAGUUGGCCUUGAGAAUCCAUGACGAGUGUAACGGGUCCGACGUGUUUGGCUCUGACAUCUGCACGUGCCGUCCAUACUUGAUCUUUGGUAUCGAGGAGGCCGUGAAGGAGGCUCAGAACGGUGGUGUGGGCCUUGUUGUCUACUUCAGAAAGGAGGGACGUGCACUUGGUGAAGUCACCAAGUACUUGGUCUACAACGCUAGAAAGAGAGGUGGUGACACCGCAGCAGAGUACUUCCACAGAACUGAGUGCAUUGCCGGUGUCAGGGACAUGAGAUUCCAGCAGUUGAUGCCAGACGUGUUGCACUGGUUGGGGAUCACCAAGAUUGACAGAAUGCUCUCGAUGUCCAACAUGAAGCACGAUGCCAUUGUGGAGCAGGGCAUUCCAAUCAUUGAGAGAAUCCCAAUCCCAGAUGAGUUGAUUCCACCUGAUUCGAGAGUUGAAAUCGAUGCCAAGAUCCAUUCUGGCUACUUCACCACUGGUAAAGUGUUGACGAAGGAUGAAUUGAAGAACACCGUUGGAAGAACAUGGAGCUGAGCUCUGUGUGGAGGGAACUGGCUUCGCCCGCAAGUUUACUGUGAAUAUCGUUAUAUAAACCAUGGCAAAAGAAUAAAAAAAUGGA